AUUGCGACGAUGUGAUAGAUCUUGUCUAUAUUGAAUAAACAAGAUGUGCGGGCGCUAUGCCCUCGGAGUUCGCAUGUUCUUCGUCCGACGCCGCAUGCAAGAACAAGGAAUGCAAGUCGACGAAGCGCCAGAAGACGACGAAAUACGCGAAACCUACAACUUUGCCCCUGGAUACUACGGCGCAGUCUAUCGCGCUGAUUCUCCUGACCACGGCUUCGAUGAUGAGCCACCACCACACGAUCAAGACAGUGAGAACAUAUCAUCAUCCCCCGCUGAAAAGGACGGCGAAGAAGAAAAGACAAUAAAAUAUAAACUUCAAAAAAUGCGCUGGGGAUUAAUCCCCUUCUGGACAAAACGACAACCCGACUACGGCUCUAUGAUGCGCACAAUCAACUGUCGCGCUGACUCCCUCGCCGAAAAUAAGGGGAUGUGGACAUCGAUGAAACGCAAGAAACGCUGCGUGAUUAUCUGUCAGGGAUUCUACGAAUGGCUGAAAAAGGGUCCCGGAGGAAAGGAAAAAGUGCCGCAUUUCAUUAAACGGAAAGAUGGAGAUUUGAUGUAUUUUGCUGGUCUUUGGGAUUGUGUUCAGUAUGAAGACUCAAACGAGAAAUUGUAUACAUAUACAAUCAUCACAACCGAUUCAAACCCCUACUUAAAAUUCCUCCACGACCGAAUGCCCGUCAUCCUCGACCCAGCCAGCAAAGAGAUGCAAGCCUGGCUUGAUCCCCGGCAAACAACAUGGAACAAGGAACUACAAUCAAUCCUGAAACCUUACGAAGGGGAAUUAGAAUGUUACCCGGUCUCCAAGGAAGUGGGCAAAGUUGGGAAUAACUCGGCCGAGUUUUUAGUGCCGGUCAAUAGUAGAGAGAAUAAGAGUAAUAUUGCUAAUUUCUUUGCUAAUGCGGGCGCGAAGAAGAAGAAGGAGGAGGAGGAGAAGGGAGAGGAAGCGGCGAAGGGUGCAGACAAAGAAGAAGAAAAAGGACGGAUUCGAAACGAGACUGAUCCUGAGGUCAGAGAAACGGUAGAUGCAGAGUGGACGGAAGACAACGCACCCAAACCCGUGCCUCGGUCUGAUCGUGAUAAAAAAACAUCCCCUCAAUCAGGCCUGAAACGAAAAUUUUCAACAGACGAAAGCCCACCAGUCACAAAAAGACAAAAAUCACUAUCGCCGGUCAAGGAGAGAGACACGGCCGUUGGAGGACGGAAAAUGAAGAGUGCAACGAGUAGCUCUCCGUCAAAACCGAAGAGCAUCAGAAAUAAACGUGCUGCCGCAGCGGCUACCACGGGCUCGCAACGGAUUACCGAUUUCUUCAAAAAGUGAUCGUCUACUUAAAUCCAGUAAGUGGAGAUAUUUUCAAAAUGUCAGAUUCGGUGAGAAUGGGGUGAUUUGUCUUUUGCGAACGUCAUUUCAUUCAGUAAUGGCGAUUUACCAGAAUAUACCCCCUAUAUGUACAAUUUCGGAAGAACAAGUAAAGAAGACAGUGCAAGUUAUCAUGACAUUCAUGAGUAUACAUAUGAUGCAACCUGAAGAUAAAUGAACACAUAAAUCACAGUAGAGAAGAGAGAGAAGAGAUAAUUUUUGCCCGCUAUUACAACAUUUUUUUGCAAUCCGCUUGAUAAAACUCAACCUUUUGGUAUCUUAUGUCAUGACACAUCAUAAUAAAUAACAUUAAAAGAAGUUGGAGAAGAAAAGUCAAUAACUUUUGGUGCGGUCCUGUGAUGCCCGCAAUCUAAAAAUUUCAUGAUCAUGAAUGUUUUUUGGGCCUCUGAUUACUCUGCAUCCGUUGGUGCGGGUUGGGCUUUUUCGGCAUCAAGAGCUUGGACGGCGAGGUUGAUCUCACGUUCCCAGACUAGAACAGUCCCGGCACGGGCGGUGCUUAAGAAACUAAUCUCAACAGCAUCGCCGUAUUGUUCCGGUUCAAGGCGAUGAUGUGGGAUGGAUGUAGAUUUCGUGGUACUGUUGGCGUCAUGGGACGGUCUUCGGUCGUAUACUGCGGGAUGGUAGGCCUCAAUACCAGGUGGGGGAAUGUCAGAAGUAUACUCUGGGACCUUUAGACCGGUGGCAGAAGAGGUACUUGGAGCCAAGCUGCUGACGCUGUCCGAUAAUUGGAGAUCAUCGAUAUUUGCAGAUCCAAAAGAGAAUCGUUUAGACUCAUUGGCGGGAGAACUGACGAUGGACAUGGCAGCGCCUGGGAAAGGAUCGCGAUUGUGGCCUGUAGCAUCGGCGAGGCGGCCUGCGACGCCGCAUACAAUACCGGUAGCGUCAAUAGGUACGUCACGCAGGUCGAGAGUAAUGGGUAUUAGAAUGUCUUCCUUGGAUCCGAGAAGGAUACUGCUUUCUUCGUCGUCUGAAUGCAUGCUUGGAUCAAGCGUGAACCGUGGCAGUAAGCGCUUCUCCAGUAAUAGUGAUGCAGCUGGGUCGGCGGAUGUCAAAGUCAGGGACAAAAACCGCGGAUGAUCGACCAGGAGAGCAGUUGUGAGUGCAUUCCGAAGAAUGGCAGCCGAGGACUCGGUGUCACCGUCACGAUGAUGGGCGGAACAUUGCACUAAUUGAACAGUCUGGUCGACACGAGGGAUAAUCCGGUUCUUUCGAAGAAACUCAAAAGUCCGAGUUUGAAGUUCGUUUACAGUGGAUGGCGGAGGCGUAGAUGGAGGUGAAAUAUGUAUUGAUGACUGUAGGCCCGGCGUUGGGGGAGACUGAAUGUUGAAGUUGUUAACAAACUG